AUGGGCGCCGAACAGCACUGCAGCAGGCCUUCAAGUCCUAACAAAACAUAUCGAACGCUUCUGCGCUAUGCCGCUGGCAGUUUGGCUUGUUUUUUCUUGGCUAUCUGGGUGUCGUACCGACGCCCACCCCGAGUCCUAUCGCUGCUAGAGUCUCCCCCUCGGUGUAGCUCUUCACUUCCCCCUGAGCUAUUGAGCAAUCCUCCUUCGUCUGACACGCCAGCUUUCAAACACCUGGCCCGGCGACUGGAUCAGAAGUUGGCUCGACGCGUAGCCCAUCCUGACAUGGACAGUCUGGCAGUUGCGGUCGUAACGUCCAGUGGGACCGUGUUUGAAGGAACGUAUGGGGUGGUAAGAGCGAAUGAGUCAUCGAAUGCACACGUCGACCGCGACACGAUCUACCGACUCGCUUCCGUAUCCAAGAUCUUUACAGCUCUCGAGACGUGGUUGCUAGUGGAGAGUGGAAAGCUCGAAUGGGAUCGUCCAAUAUCUGACUAUAUUCCCCAAUACACUCCUCCAUGUGCAGCCUCCGGCAGAUGUUACUCGCCGACCCUCCGUGACCUCGCAUCGCACAGGGCAGGCGUCGGGUCCAAUUUGCCCCCUGGAGACAUGAGCUUGUGGCCCCAUUCACUGCAAGGCGCUGGCACUCCUCCCGAGAAUGGGCGCCCCUUUCCGUCCGAAGAGGAGGUUCUCGAAGCCAUCAACCGGUACUCCACGGGCGUGCCCCUGGGUAAAUUGCCCGUCUACUCCAACACCGGGUACGCCUUCCUGGGCAUGGUGAACUCCGCUGCGGCGGCCUCGAAGUCGGGACAGAAACCUAGUCAUGCGGAGCUUAUCCAGCGUGACGUGUUUUCUGUGCUCAACAUGUCCGGCUCGGGCUUCCUGACCAGCGUCUUCGAGAGAGAGCGGAUCGCGGUACCGUCAUCUUUCAGCGAUGCUGCGGAUUAUGACUUCCGUAACGCCAUGAACCCUGCUGGCGGACAGGUCAGUUCGUUGGCGGACAUGGCGAAGGCCACGAGUGCCCUCCUGAAGUCACUCGAUCCCGCCACCACAGAUAGUCUGCUAUCCAGCACGCAUAUGCAGCAAUGGCUGUCUACCUCAUAUGCCUGGGACGACGGCAUCACAGAGCCCGGACAUAGCUGGAUCGCCCUCCUGCGCAAAGACAAGUGGAAACGGACGCAAAGACUGUAUCAAAGCUUCGGGCAGCUCAACACGUUCCACAGCGCGUGGACCAUCAACCCCCGCGCGGGCUAUGGUGUCGUCGUACUCAUGACCGGGGACUACCCCGACUCACAGGACUUCACCAUACAGCUCGUCGACGCCUUUCAGCCCGCUUUCGACGACCUCCUCGAGGUUGAAGCGCGCAAGUCAUACGUUGGCCGCUGGUCCACAGCAGGUACCAGCAGCCCUGAUAGCGAGAUGGUUACCUCCCUGCGCUCGGGAACGCUCUGGGUCGACAAACUGACACUCAACGGGACCGAUACGCUCGGCUUGCUCCAGGGUACGGACCGUCCCGAACCUGUCAUGCUAUGGCAUACGGGUGCCCCAGGUCGAUUCCGGUUGGCAUCAGGCAUACCUUUCUUCAACAAAGCGCCGAACUACGGCUGUCUGAGCUACUUCUAUGCGAUGGACGUCGGCUAUGCAGCAGGAGUCCCCGUCACUGAAAUUGUCUUUUCCGGAGCAGGGUCUGCGCGCGCUGCGCACUUCCCUUCCGCCCUUGUGGACCUGCACAGGCUACAAGAUUGA